GAACAGAAGAAGAUCCUGUCUCUAGGCAACGCCUCCGAGUACAACUACCUCACCAUGGGUAACUGCACCAGUUGCGAUGGGCGUGAUGACAUUAAGGAGUACGCCCACUUCCGCUCGGCCAUGAAGAUCCUGAUGUUCUCUGAGAAUGACUCCUGGGAGAUCAACAAACUGCUGGCCGCCAUACUGCACCUGGGAAACGUCCACUUUGAAGCCACCAUUUUGAAUAAUCUGGAGAGCUGUGACGUCAUGACGUCACAUCAUUUCAACAUGGCAAUCAAACUUCUGGAGGUGGACCCCAAGGCCCUGGAGAAGAGUCUGACCCAGCGUUCCUUCAUGACCUCCAGGGAGAGUGUGACCAAACCUCUCACCUCAGCCCAGGCCAUGGACGGCAAAGACGCAUUUGUCAAGUUUUGAGCAGCUGUGCAUCAACUUCGCCAACGAGCAGCUGCAGCAGUUCUUUGUGAAGCAUGUCUUCAAGCUGGAGCAGGAUGAGUACACCCGCGAGAACAUCGUCUGGAAGCACAUCGAAUACAACGACAACCAGAGAACACUGGACGUGCUGGCCAACAAGUCUCUUAACAUCCUGGCACUUAUCGACGAGGAGAGCAACUUCCCCAAGGGUACAGAUACCACCAUGAUCAACAAGAUGAACCAGGUACAUGGGAAGGGCGACGUCUACAUCCCCCCUAAAAACAACCAUGACACCCAGUUUGGAAUCCAGCAUUUCGCCGGGGUGGUCCACUACGAUUCAAAAGGUUUCCUUGAGAAGAACAGAGAUGCUCUGAGCACUGACCUCAUCCAGCUGGUGGAGAAAUCGUCCAAUAAGAUGCUAAAGCAGGCAUUCCAGAACGAGCUCUCCUCCAAUGGCGAGAUGGCCAGCGCCAACCCCAGGAUGACCAUCACUCCCAAGAACUCUCUACGGCAGCAAACGGUGGAUACUAAGAAGCGUGCUCCUACGUUGAGUGGCCAGUUCCGUCAGUCCCUAGACGCCCUGAUGAAGACCCUGACAGUCUGCCAGCCCUACUUCAUACGCUGCAUCAAACCCAACGACUUCAAGAAGCCUAUGCUGUUUGACAGGGAUCUGUGCAUGCGUCAGCUGCGUUACUCUGGGAUGAUGGAGACCAUCAGGAUCAGGAAGGCUGGCUAUCCAAUCCGCUACACCUUCGAUGAGUUCCUGGAGCGAUACCGCGUGCUUCUCAAAAGCAGCCUCUGUGACCCCAAAGUGGAAUCUCCACAGAAAUGCGCUGAAUGGAUCUGUGAGACCGUUCUUGCUGGACAAGAUGGUGACUGGAAGACCGGCAAGACAAAGAUAUUUCUGAAGGACUUCCAUGACACUAUGCUGGAGCUGGAGAGAAUGAAGGAGUUGAAUGAGAAAGCCCUUCUGAUACAGAGGGUCCUGCGAGGCUACAAACAUCGGAGACAGUUCCUGAGACAGAAGUCCUCUGCGCUGGUCCUUCAGAAAAACUGGAGAGGAUACAAAGGCAGAAAGCUCUACAGAGUCGUCCAGCUGGGUUUUGCUCGUCUGCAGGCGAAGGUCCGAGCCCGCCAGCUUCAGCACCACUACCAGCAGAAGAGGGUGGCUGCGGUCCGGCUACAGGCACAGACACGGGGGUACCUGGCCAGGAAGGAGUGGCAGAGGAAGAGGCAAGCGGUGAUCCUCUUGCAGGCUAACUCCAGGGGAAUGCUGGCUAGGAAACAAGUGAAGAAGAUGAAGAGAGAUAUGUUCCUGUCCGCUAAGGAGCGUCGUGAGGAAGAGUUGGCAGCCCUGGAGAGGCAAAGACGUUUAGACCAGGUGCUCCGGCAGAAGAAAGAGAAGGAGGCCAGCACCCAAUCAGAAUCAAUCACAGCACAGGAAAUGGUGGACGACAUCUUCGGGUUCCUGCCCAAUAUGGUGGGAGGGCAGGAGGGACAAGCUCCUGCUGGAUUCAAGGACCUGGAGAAGCAGGGAGAGCGGACCAGACCAGAGGAGGUGGAUCUGGACGACCUGCCCAUGGUAGAGGACAUCCCCGAGGAGGACUACGACGACCUGGAUGAGUAUUCCUUCUCCAAGUUUGCCUCCAUGUACUUCCAGGGCGCCGCCACGCCAACACACAUCCGCCAGAGGCUCAGACAGCCACUACUCUACCAUGAAGACGAAGGAGAUGUUGUGGCCUCCAUGACAGUCUGGUGGAUCAUCCUGAGGUUCAUAGGGGACCUGCCGGAGCCCAAGCUGGUGCAGGGCCAGGGGGCCAGGGGCCUCAGGGGGUCAAACAUGGUUAACAGCUCCCUGGAUCAGGACCUGGCCUUGAGACAGGACAGGAGGCUGAGCCACAUGGUGGGCCUGGAUCAGAGGGUUCUGAGGAACCAGAAAAACCGCAAGGUCUCUACAGUACCAGAGGAACCCGCUUCUAAAGGGAGGAAGGGUUCCACCUUUACGGACCUGCUGUCCCGGAACCGCAAGGCGUCUGCCAAGCCCGACGAGGUGAUCCUGAACAGGAAGGGUUCCUCGGCUGUAGACGCGACGCCCCGAGCCAGGAAGGGUUCUACGUUCACCAACAUGCUGAGUGGGGGCAGAAAGACCUCUUCCAUCUCGGAGGAGGUCCCAGCCUCUCCCUCUAGGGGCAUGAGGAAACCCUCUAUCAUCCAGGAGGAGUCAGAGGAAGGAGAAGAGGUUUCCAAGCCACCCACUGUGCAAACCAUCAGUGAGGAGGACGAGAUACUGGUAGGAGAGGGACCCACCCUCGACCGGCCAAUGACUGCUCUGGAAAAGCUGCACGUCAUCGUGGGUUACGCCAUCGUCAGAAGAGACCUCAGAGAUGAGAUCUAUUGUCAGAUCUGUAAGCAGCUGCAGGAGAAUGGGAACCGCAGUAGUUUCUACCGAGGUUGGAUCCUUCUGUCCAUCUGUCUGGGGAUCUUCCCCCCCACUGAACGCUUCAUCAAGUUCCUCCAGAGCUUUAUCCGGUUCGGCCCGAUGGGCUACGCCCCCUACUGUGCCAAGAGACUGAGACGCACCGUAGCCAAUGGGGUUAGAGGAGAGCCUCCGAGCUGGCUGGAACUAGAGGCGACCAAGUCUAAGAAGCCCAUUGCGGUGUCUGUGACCCUGAUGGACAGUCGUACCAUCAGCCUGCCUGUAGACUCCUCCUCCACCUCCAAGGAGAUCUGCCAGUUACUCUCUGAGAAGGUCUCCCUCAAAGACACCUUCGGCUUCUCUCUCUACGUGGCUCUCUAUGAAAAGGUGUGGUCGCUGGGCAGCGGGCGGGAGCACGUGAUGGACGCCAUCUCCCAGUGCGAACAGGAAGUGAAACGGAAGGGUGGGCAGGAGCAGCACGCCCCCUGGAGACUCUACUACAGGAAGGAGAUCUUCACCCCGUGGCAUGACUGUAAAGAGGACUCCGUCAGCACAGACCUCAUCUACAGACAGAUCGUCAGGGGACUACGCUUCGGAGAGUACCAGUGUGACAAGGAUGAUGAUAUAGUCCAGCUGUCAGCAAAACACUUCUACAUUCAGUAUGGAUCGGACUGUAGUCUUGACAACGCUAAGACAGUAGUUCAGGACUGCGUUAACUCUUCUCUUCUGGAGGCCAAGACUCAGGACAAAUGGCUUCAGAUGGUCAGCACUGCCCAUGCUCAGGGUCCAUAUAUCAACUCUAGGCAGAAAGCAGCAGGUGUCAAGGCCGAGGUGGUGGACUACGCUCGUCAGAAGUGGCCUAUGUUCUUCUCCAGGUUCUUCGAGGCCGCCAAGUUAUCAGGUCCUGCACUUCCUAAAAACAAGUUCAUUGUGGCGAUCAAUUGGACAGGCAUCACUUUCCUGGACGAGAAGGAGAGGAGACUGCUGCAGCUCUCCUACCCAGAGGUCACUGGGGUCAACACCAUGAGGGAGGGCAAGACGUUUGGCCAGUCUGUGAGUCUCCUGACUCUGAAGGGAGACUUCUCUCUGAACGCGGUGAUGGCUGGGAACAUAGCAGAGCUGGUGCACAUGUUCCUGGGAGGACUGAGGGAACGCUCUCAGUAUGCUGUGGCCCUGCAGGAAGUCAACCAAG